GUACGAUCAGAUUACAUGCAAUUGCAAUGUAAUUUAAUAAGACUCUUAUUUAUUUACAUUGAAAUUGCGUGUAAUCCAACGUGAUCUGAUCAUACUCUAUCCAAUACUUUUAAGCAGGGUACUGAACGUAGAAUAUCGCGGGGAAUUAAUUAUUCAAUUCUUUAUUGUAUCGAAAUCUCAUUAAGAUUGAUUUUAGCCGGUGCCAAGUGUCGAGAGAGAUCGGUAUUUCGAGAGAUAUCUCGCGCCCGGCGAGUUAUCGCUACCUGAUAUCGCCGAUAUCAGCGAUAAGGACGUUCAGGAGCAGCAACUCAAGAACGUUCAACGAAUCUCCGUGUAACGCGAGCGCAAUUCCGCGAUCAAUUGUGGCGAAUUGACGGAACGUCGCCCCCGCGAAAUAUCGCGGCAUCCCCCGCAUUGCGUUUUCAUCGACGAGCGACCCGCCUCGAUCGAUGGGGCAUUCGAAAAAUUGCUCCCGGGUCCUUUGGCACUUGUUGGCGCGGAAAGCCGCGCGGUGAUUGGCCAGCCUGGGUGGCGAGCGCAGUAAUGUGCCGUCAUGGCGACGCUGCCGCCGCGGAAAAAUCCGACUCCGACAAAAAUUUCGAAGCAGCACUUGACGCCGCUGCAAACGCUUCUGCAGCUGGGCUUCCCGAAACACCGGGCGGAAAAGGCGCUAGCUGCAACGGGACACCGUGGCGUGCAAUUAGCGUCGGACUGGCUGCUGGCACACGUGAGAGAUCCGACUCUGGACUCUGACACGCAGCGGCAGUAUGUUCUAUACGCCUGCCCUACCGGGCCGCUGGCUGAGCAGCUCGAGCUGUUCUGGUCGGAGAGCAAAGACCUAGGAUGGAACGGCGCUCGUAACUUUAUACCGCAUAUUACCCUCGUCUCCUUCUUCGACGCCCCCGACGAGUUUACGAAAGAGUUAGCGAGCGCUCUCGAGAACGUGGUCCGCCAGGAUGGACUGCGCGAACACGUCGAGCUGGAGACGUACGUGUCGACCAACUUCAUGGGCCUCUUCGUCAAAGACGUGAACGCGGAGUGGCUGAAGAACAUCGCUCUUCGCUACGUCAGUAAAAUCGCCGCUCUAGGUAUCACUGCCGAACCGCAGGUAAAGUCCCUGCACCUCACCCUGGCCUACCAGUUCCCCAGUAGCUUGUUCCCGCCGCUCCGCUCGAUGGUCGAGAAGCUGGGACCGAACACGCCGGCCAACUGGGAGCUCAGAUUAUACUCGAGGGACUCGAGAUUGCAGAACUUGCACGUGCACAAAGUGACGCACGCCCACGUGCCGCGGGAACACGACGAGUUAGAGUUAAGAGUAGGCGAUUACAUUUACGUUCCAGAGGGAGCGUGUAAAUCGUCCACGGACGGUUGGGUGGAGGGUGUCUCCUGGCUGACCGGUAUAUCUGGCCACCUGCCGUUGAAUCACACCAAGAGGACUGCGGAAUCGGACUCGUGGACGCUGCAUGCCACCGUGCCGAUCACCGACAAUAAGUACGAGAGCGCGGACGAGGAGGAGAUACCGAAGAUCAGGAGGCCACCGCCGGUUUUGUCCCCGAGCGAGUCCGCCGAUACGCCCGACGGGAUUCCCACCGCGGAGGAGCCGAUGGCGGCGUCCGAAGCGCCCGAGACACCGUCCAGGGAGAUCUUCAUAUGCCGACACGGCGAGAGGGUGGACUUCACCUUCGGCGCGUGGAUCCCGUAUUGCUUCGAGUCCAACGGCUGUUACGUACGCCGCGACUUGAACAUGCCCAAAGACGUACCAUCCAGGAAUAUCCAGGACUUCCAAAACGACAGCCCGCUGACGACUGUGGGCGGGAUGCAGGCGAGUCUGGUAGGCGAAGCCAUGAAAUCGUCCAGUAUUAAGAUAGACGUGGCCUUCACGUCGCCGUCGUUACGUUGCGUUCAAACGCUCGCCCACAUCCUGAAGGGACUCGAGUCCGAUAUCCCGAUCAAGGUGGAGCCGGGUCUGAUAGAAUGGCUGGCGUGGUACCCGAACGGCAUACCCGUCUGGAUGACCUCCGACGAGCUGGUGAAGGCGGGCUUCAACGUCGACUGCGAUUACGAUCCGAUCGUCAAGGCUAAAGAACUCCCGCUCAAGGAGAACGCCGCGCAGUAUUACGAACGCAGCUACGAGCUGAUCAAGAAGAUCAUAGAAAGCACAGUUGGUAAUAUUUUGAUAGUGGCGCACGCCGCCUCCCUGGCCGCUUGCACCAGACAGUUGACCGGUGGUAGAAUACCCCCGGCGGCUGAAGUCACUAGAUUAGUUCAAAGAGUACCUUAUCUGGCGUGCUUGACGGCGCGUCAAGAUAUUGACGGCUGGCAGCUCCAUCCUCCUCCCUUCCCACCGAUCACCCACACCAGUAAUAGCAGAUUCGACUGGAAAGUUUUAAUGUAAUAACGUUGAUAAUGCACGAGCUUUUGUUGAGAAAGACACACCUUACAGAGCCUAUAUAAAUACAUAAGACUGUUACGAUACAAUGAAUUUUUAUGCAGGGCUUAAUCUAAUGUCGAUGACAUUCUCUCGAAACGAUAUCCAACGAAUUGCGGAAAAGUUCUUUUCGGAAAGGACGUAUCAUUGGUGGACGAUCAUAUAAGUACGAUUAAAAAAAAAGCUAGUCGAUCGCACGACAGUUGAACAUUUACUUCCUCGGAUUAUGAUUAAUACGGGUAUCGAGGUAUAUAGUUUCUUUAAUUACGGAUAUAGAACAAAUACUAGCCAAUAUGUUGUUAUAGGUAUCGUGCUAUACCAAUCCGCUAAAAUAUCUAAUAUAUAAGCGAGAUACUAGUCUUGAUUGGACGCAUUUUCUUGCCGAGUGUCGGACGAAGCAUUGAACAAAGAAUUUUUAAAAUAUGGUAUUUAUAUAUAUAUAAUAUUUUAAAGUAAUAUACUAUUUUAUGACUGUAGUAUCCUUAUGUCUGUCACGCACACAAAAUAUCUUCUCUCUUUGACAUAUUAAAAAGUUAAAUAUUGUUAAAGUAGAAGCGUACAGGGAAAUCAGUAAGGUGCUCUUGCGCACAUUCGCGGUCUCUGUAGAAAAAAAAUGUCCCAUGCGAGCUUUACCGUUUCUCGGAAAACUUAGGAUUAUGACACGUGUCAAUUAAGUGUGACGUUGAAUCUAACUUAAUGAACUCUGCGUCGCAUCGCGACAAACCGAUCGCGCAGAACGGGAAUAUAUUUAUAGUAUCGCUAUCGAUGUUACCUUUUACAGAAGAAAAAUAACGUUUAUAUGUAUAUAUAUUUAAAUACGACACCAUUUCAGAAAUAUGUCCAAUGUUGUACCACUUUCAAGAUAGAUUGAACAUUCGUUUUGUCUAAUUGUGGGUAAGAGAUGCAAGACAUAUUUUACGUAUAUGUAUAUACAUACAUAUGUAUAUACACAUCCGUACGUGUAUAUAUACGUAUGUA